AUGGAAUCGAACGAAAUCAACGUAACGAUAGUAAACACCCUCAACACUUCAAACAAGGACUCUCUACAGCCUUGGGAAGAUUUUUACACACUUGAAGCAAACGGAGUAGAAGAAUUCGAAGGACCACUAUCCAAAGAACCUGAUGUUGUACAGUACCUGGCUCAUCGAGCUAUCAUAACCCCACACAAAAGCCCAACUAAACUACGAAUCGUUUUCGACGCUGCCGCGCAUCUGAAGGACUGCUCAACAAAGUUCAUUGAGGACCUGUAA